UAGAAAAUUCAGUUUUGAGUUUUUAUGUUGUGUUUAUUAGUUUGAUUUUUCAAAACGCCUAAAUUCAUGGCUGUAAAAAGAAAUGAAUUCAGAAGGCAUCAACAAAUUGUUCAACAAACUUUGUUGAUGCUAUAUUUUCUUUUGAGCUACAAUGGGGCGCAAGGAGAAAAAAAGCUAUCCAAAUUAGAGGACGCAGAGUUAGAAAAAGAAGUAAAACUUUUGAACAAGCCAACAGUCAAAACAAUUAAGACUAAAUAUGGGGAUAUAUACGAUUGUGUGGAUUUCUACAAACAACAUGCAUUUGAUCAUCCGUUACUGAAGGAUCAUAAUUUUUAUCCGAAGAUGAAACCUACUUUAUCUAGGAUGAAGAAAAAAUCAAAAUCCUCAACAGUUAGUAGGUCAUCGUCAAUAUGGUCAAAAGAUAGAGGAUGCCCUUUUGGAACUGUUCCUGUUAAGAGAAUUACGAAAGAUGAUCUUAUAAGACAGAGACGUAUGCCACCGCCAGAAAAUGUCACAUUCGACACUCAAUUUGAUGGUAGCAACAACAAUAGUAAGUCAAAGGGAAGAUACAUAUCUUCACAAGGAUAUAAGCUUGCAAUAGCUCGAAUUCCAAAUAAUCCAAAUAAUAGAUUUGCGGGAGCUGGAAUGGCAGCUAGUUUGUACAAUCCUCAUGUUAAAGGCCGACAACAUAGUGGUUGUCGACUAAAAAUUCAAAAAGGAUCAGAUAUCUUACAAGUUGGUUGGAGAGUGGACCCAACAUUAUAUGGAGAUACUAAAACUAGGCAUUUUAUACAUUUUCAGGCUGGUAAAACCCAUUGCUUCAAUACAUUGUGUCCUGGAUUUGUGCAAGUAAACAGUGAGAUACCUCUUGGUAGUGCAUACGAUUAUCUUUCAGAACGUGGAAAGACAAGUUGGGAGACCACGAUGUACAUUGAUCGGGAUUUAGCCAAUGGAAAUUGGUGGCUAUUAGAUGGUAGAAGCUUUGACCAAAUUGGUUUUACGGCCUCAAAGGAUCUUCACUGACUUGGCAAGUUUUGCUACGAAUGUUGAAUGGGGAGGAGUUGCAUAUAGCCCACCAGGUGUACCUGAACCUCCCAUGGGCUCUAGUUUUUUUCCUAUUAAGAACUCCCUUUAUGAUGGUUAUUGUACCGAAAUUACAAUUUUAAAUGAGAAGGGAAAGGAGAUUAAAGUAGAUGAAACAAUCACCCACACCGACAAUCCUACUAUGUACAAGGUUUUUGCUGGGACACUUUCGCAUGGUUUUCAGGGUUUAUAUUUUGUUCUUUAUGGGGGACCUGGUGAGAGUCCACAUAUUUAAUUGGAAUGGCAUUCUUCUAAAUCGCUUAAAAAGUAGAAGAAAAUAGUUUCUACUUUGUUCUAUACUUUUGAAUUUCAUGUUGCCUUCAAAACAAAUGCAAGGGAAAAAAAAAUAGCAUUUCCUUUUAUUUUGCUAUGCAAUAUAUUAUCGAAUAACUUUCUUGAAACUAAA